AUGGGCGGCUGUCUCAGCGGACAAUUCGCUGGACCUCGUCCUCAUCAUGGUGGAUUUGGAAUGGGCGGAAUGGGUGGAGGAAUGGGCGGUCCAGGCAGCAUGGGCGGCGGCAUGGGAGGAGUCAUAGGCGGUCUUAUGGGAGGACAUCAUGGACAUCAUGGUGGCGGUUUUGGUAUGGGAGGUCCUGGAGGCGGUAUGGGCGGGCCAGGCGGUGGCUUUGGCGGUCCUGGAGGUGGAGGCGGAGGCGGGGGAUGGGGCGGGCCAGGCGGGGGCGGCUUUGGAGGUGGCGGCCCGGGCGGUCCCGGAGGUGGCUUCGGUGGACCAGGGGGUGGGGGACGACCUGGUGGUGGAUGGUAA